CUAAAGUCGUACUAGGGCUUGCGAGCUCCACGGCCACCGCCCCCUCCCGCUUCUCACCAAGAAAAAGCUAGGGUUUUGCGCACGGAAUCUCCUCUCGCCACCGCCGCCUUCCUCCCGUGCGCCGGCGAUCUAGGUCCUCGGCCUCCCUCCUCCGAUCCGGCCUUUUUUAUCCCCGGAUCUCGCCAAGAUGCUUCCCCUCUCGCUCCUCAAGACCGCCCAGGGCCAUCCCAUGCUCGUGGAACUGAAGAACGGGGAGACGUACAACGGGCAUCUGGUCAAUUGUGAUACUUGGAUGAACAUCCACCUUCGGGAAGUUAUUUGCACCUCAAAGGAUGGUGACAAGUUUUGGAGGAUGCCUGAGUGUUACAUACGCGGGAACACCAUCAAGUAUCUUCGAGUUCCUGAUGAGGUGAUUGACAAGGUCCAGGAGGAAACUUCCAAGAGCCGAUCAGAUAGGAAGCCACCAGGUGUUGGCCGUGGAAGAGGAAGAGGAGAUAUUGGUGCUAAACCUGGAGGCCGGGGAAUCGGGCGUGGCCAAGACGAUGGGGGCAAAGGUGGUGGUGGCCGUGGAAGGGGUGGAGUUGGUGGUAAAGGUGGUAACAAAGGUGGAGGCCGUGGCCGCGGCUGAAACUGGGCUUCACAUGGGAGAACGCCGCUUUUUAAGGCUUGUAGCUGUUUUGCAUAGGUUGCUUAGGACGUGAAGAAUGAACUGUGGAGCUUGGGAUUGGUUGGUUGUUUUUGUGGCAUAAACCAAAAUGGUUCGUGGAAUAUAAGCACUACGGCUACCAGCCAAUUUGUUCAUUUGCUAAGGGGCAUCCAGAUUAAUGACUAAUUGAUGUUGCUCGGUAUCAGAUUUCUGUGCUGUUAGGUGCAGGGCUUACCUGCAAGUUGUAUUAAGCGCUAUUCGCAUAGCCUAUUCAAAGACCAGGUUUGGCUCAAAAACCGCAAAACACAUUUCCCAACUA